UCGGAUCGCUGGUUCUCGUUCAAGUGCCGGUUCUGUGCGGGGGUGUAAAUAAAGCGUCUGUAUUAAUCGAAUUGCGUGACAAGUGCCACGAGGACGUCGAAACGAACGAGGGUAGUCGAGGCUACCAGCGCGCGAGCAGGAUGAUAUGAGCACGCUUGGCAGAUUGAGGAUGUCCUCAAAGAGGAAGUCACCACCAACGAAGCUAUCGGAGGGCGGGGGCGGCACGGGUACAGUGGCAGGCGCCAACGAGGAGGAGGAGGACACGACCUCGUCGGUGACCGGUGGUCCCGGUGGCGAGGUAGCCGUCGGUGAAGAGGGUCCCACCACCCCCGUCGACAUCGAGGAGUGUUACCCUCAUCAGAGGGGAGGUGACUGCGAGUCGUCCGGCUGUUCGUCGCCGGCGACUACCAGCGAGCCUGAUCUACGGGACUCACCAUCGCCCUCCUCCAAUUCUCUUCGCACCACUAAGCGACAGAGGAUCGUACUCUCCAGCCAGGAGACCUUGCCGCCCUACCACUACCCCCACCACCAUCAUCACCAUCAUCAUCAUCAUCAUCAUCACCACACGAAUACGUCGUCGUCGUCGGGUGGCGUUGUGGAACCAGCUAGCUCCUCAGAGUGCGGCUCCCCGCCCACCCCUCUAACAGUUGACCCGUACUACCCGAAUCAUCCUCAUCACAACAACAACAACACCGUGACGCAGAAUAACAAUAACAACGGAGGGAACGCUACCACAGCCGGUAGCAAGAGAUCCAUGGACGACGUACUCAAGAGGUUAACCUGCAAGAUGAACAGCGAAUCGCUGUCACUACAGGACGACACCAGCAACAACAGGCGGACAAGUCCGCCCCCCUCCUCCACCCCGACUGGCCACAACGCGCACUGCGGAGGCGUCGCCAGCGUGGCGAACACCGUGCCACCCUCGCCCCCAGCCUCUGGAAGGAUGCAGAACACGGAAGGACAGGUACAGCAGGACGGCGCCUCAGCCCUGCACAGGGUCCUCUGCGCGGAAAGCUUCGCGGAGAAGGAGCGCAGGCUCUCCGAGAUGAUCCUGCAGCUGCAGCUGCUCAGGGAACAAUUGCUGCAACAGCAAGAUCAGUCGAAGUCGUAUCCUGCGCACAUGACCGUCGACUCGCAGAAGCAAAUCGAGAUACAGCGGCUGCAAACGGAGCACUUGAAGCGGCAGCAAGAGCACAUCAUGCAGCACAACAUCCAGGAGCUACAGGCUCAGAUGACAAAGAGCCAGCUGAGCAUGUCGGGGCCGCAAUCCUUGAUGUUCCUACCGUUUCUCGAACAGCUCAGAGGGUUGCCAGUGCAAUCGCCUAUGCCUCCACCUCCGGCCACGUCGACGUCAACCACCACCAACAAACAUAUCAACUCGAUCGCUAACAUGAUCAGCAGCCAUCGAGAAGGUCCAAGCUGGGCGACGGCGCACCUGGCGCAAAUGACAACGCAGAUGGAGAAAGAAGCGUCACCGACGCCAAUUUCAUCGGCGGUGGCGCCGACGGCACCACCUCUGCAAGAUCUGGACGCGCCCCUGAACCUCACCAAGCCGAAGUCCUCGUCGUCGGGGGCCACGGCGUCAUCCUCAUCGCCCGGAAGCGACUCUCACGCGCCGCACCUCAGCACCCUCUCCUCACCGAUGGGCAAGGUAAUGGCCAAAGACGAAGCAGCUGAACCUGGAGGCGCCGUGGCAGCCGCCGCGGUCGCCGCCGUGGAGAAGCACUUCGCGAUGCACGGCAUUUACGCGAUACCACCGAGUGCCGGUGCGAUGCCACCGUCGCCACAGACUCAACGACCGAUCAAGCACUCCGGUUCCCGGGAAGAGGCUGCGCAGGAGGAACAGGACUAUCUGUCGACACCUCACAUGUGGCGGGAGCCGGGUUACAAGGUACCGGAAGACAUAACGGAAAAAGCUAAAAUGGUGAGACAGCAGAAGAGGGAGGGUGAGAACAAGCCACAUAUCAAGCGGCCUAUGAACGCGUUCAUGGUGUGGGCCAAGGACGAGCGUAGGAAAAUUUUGAAAGCCUGCCCGGACAUGCACAACUCGAACAUAUCGAAAAUACUCGGUGCUCGAUGGAAAGGGAUGUCGAACUCUGAGAAGCAACCGUACUACGAGGAACAAUCCCGCCUGUCGAAGCUGCACAUGGAGAAACACCCAGACUACAGGUAUCGGCCGCGACCGAAGCGCACCUGCAUCGUGGACGGCAAAAAGAUGCGUAUUUCCGAGUACAAGUCGCUGAUGCGGCAACGACGGCAGGAAAUGAGGCAGCUCUGGUGUCGUGACAGCGGCCCGGAGAUGAGUUUCCUGUCGCCCGUCGGAUCGGAUCUAAGCGGGCAACACCAUCCUGGCACGGGGGCCGGUCCGUCAGCGAGGCCUUCGGUGUCUCCGCCGGCCACCAUGUUGAACGGUGGCGCUGCUGGUCCCAGUUCCGAUCAUCCGUCGUUCUACUACCCGCAAGACAGCCUGUCACCCACGGACAUGAUGAACUUCUCACCGGAGAAUUCAGGCUCGAUCGGUGGCUACGACGCCAGUCCACGGCAUCACGACGAGGAUUGA